CUAUCGUAUCUCAUUGGACAGCGGUUGAACGUAUGUUCCACACGCCUUCGGUCGGUCGGUGAAAUCAUUGCAAAUGAAGCGAAAUAGGGAACGUUCGUCACCAAGACAAUCAACUUUACUUUCCAACAACUGAGAUAUUUUUUAAAUCUUUGACCUACCUAUUUGGAUUAAAUCAUAGCCUUCUGCGUGUGAAGACACAGUGCGGUUAUUGGCUCUGUUGCCCGCGUUUGCAGAACGUAUUGCAACGUUGUGGAGUUGUAGUAAUUUAUCCAGGUUGCUCUCAAGUGACGCGCUUAGCACAUUCUAGGAUUUUGUUGGGCGAUAGUCGCACUUGUCCUCUGGUGUACUGAAUUUCGUUGGCUGUAUGGAGGGAUGUCGGGAUGGCUUGCACCAGGAGAACCAAAACUUUGGUGUCUACAUGCGUGAUCUUGAGUGGCAUGACCAACAUCGUGUGUCUCCUCUAUGUUGGAUGGGUCACUAAUUAUAUCGCGAAUGUAUACAUCAAAGUCCCUAUGCCUGUCCCAGAGAAAAAGUUAGAAGGCGAUAAGAAGGGGGACACCCUACGGAUCAUAGAAAGACUUGAUCGACUUGAGAAUGUGGUCAACCAGCACAUACAAGGGUCGAGCAUGCCAGACACUGUUGCUGUUAUCACGAGAUGGGGCCCCCGCAGGCUUGUGGUUGGGCCAGUUCCUGUUAGGUGCUGCAAGUGGAAACAUCAGUUUGCUUGUAAACCCCCCUGAAAGGAGAGGAUGUUCUAGGAGACAAAUCGUUUUCUGACUCGUCCCUGUUUGCCCACUGGGGUCAGGAGCUGAGCGCUGACAGCCGCAGGGUGGCCCUGAAGAUGUUUCAGUACUACGGCUACAACGGCUACCUCAGCGACCGCCUCUCCCUGGACAGAGCCAUCCCAGACCUCAGACCUGAUGGGUGUAAAAACAUCACGUAUCCAUCUAACCUCCCUCAAGUUAGCAUUGUGUUUAUCUUUGUGAACGAGGCCUUGUCCGUCAUCCUGCGUUCCAUCCACUCUGCCAUGCACAGGACCCCCUCCCACCUCCUCAAAGAGAUCAUCCUGGUUGACGACAACAGUGACAACGAUGAGCUGAAGGAGAAGCUACAGGACUUUGUGUCUGAGACCAACAGCCAGCGUCCCGGCUUCAUCAAGGUGGUGCGCCAUAAUAAGCAGGAGGGUCUGAUCCGCUCCAGGGUGAGUGGGUGGAGGGCGGCCACCGCUCCGGUUGUGGCCUUGUUCGACGCCCACGUGGAGUUCAACAUAGGCUGGGCUGAGCCUGUUCUCAUGAGAAUUCAGGAGGACAGAACACGCAUAAUCUCUCCGUCGUUUGAUAACAUCAAAUACGACACGUUUGAGAUUGAAGAGUACCCACUGUCUGCUCAGGGCUUCGACUGGGAGCUGUGGUGCCGCUACCUCAACCCACCCAAGUCCUGGUGGCACCAGGCCAACAACAGUGCUCCAAUUAGGAGCCCUUCUCUGAUUGGCUGCUUCGUGGUGGACAGGCUGUACUUUGAGGAGAUUGGCCUGCUUGAUGAGGGGAUGGAGGUGUAUGGGGGCGAGAACGUGGAGCUGGGGGUCAGGGUGUGGCAGUGUGGGGGCAGUGUGGAAGUCCUGCCCUGUGCCCGUAUCGCCCAUAUAGAGCGUGCCCACAAGCCCUACACUGAGGACCUGACGUCUCACGUGAGACGGAACGCCCUGAGGGUUGCGGAGGUCUGGAUGGAUGAGUUUAAGAGCCAUGUCUAUAUGGCCUGGAACAUCCCUCAGGAGGACUCAGGAAUAGACAUUGGAGAUAUCUCUGAGAGGAAGGCCCUGAGGAAGAGACUCCAGUGUAAGACGUUUCGGUGGUACCUGGUCAACAUCUACCCAGAGAUGAGGAUGUACACAGACACCAUUGCAUAUGGAGUGCUGAAGAACUCUCUGAAGAGUGACCUGUGUCUGGACCAGGGGCCGGACACCGACAACAUCCCCAUCCUGUACCUCUGUCAUGGGAUGACACCUCAGAAUGUUUACUACACCAGCAGUCAGCAGUUACAUGUAGGGGUGCUCAGUCCCACCAUCGAUGACGAUGACAACAAGUGCCUGGUGGAUGUGAACAGCCGACCGCGCCUCAUCGAGUGUAGCUACGCCACAGCCAAGCGCAUGAAGCUCCACUGGAUAUUUACUCAGGGAGGUUCCAUUCAGAACAGGAAAUCGAAGCGAUGCCUUGAGCUGGUGGCCAGCAAUGACAACGAGUUUGGGUACCAGCUGGCCCUUCAAAAAUGCACUGGACAGAAAUGGUCCAUCACAAACGCACUGCCUGGCAGUGCCCUAUGAUGCGCUCCUCUGAGAGAACACUGGAUAUACUGUAGCACACUGGACUGGGUGGGGUGCUUAUUCUGUUACUCCUCUGGACUUUCUGUUGUGGAUAAAGGAGAAUUGUGUAUGGUUAAUGACAGUCAUUGGAGCACCAUGAUGUCUUUUGUUCACCAGUUGACAUCACAUGAUAAAUGUUAA